UAAUUCUGACGCACGUAUCGUUUUUAAUUGUGAAUUUUUAUGAAACGCAUUCACCUGACACGUAUCUACCGUUUGACAUUAGAAAUAUUUCCACUAUCGAUUUCAUUUUAUUUGUGCAAUAGAUUCAAAUCGGAUACGGUAACUUGCUAAAACGUUGAACAACAAAAGUACCGAGAGAGGGAGUGUUGGCUGGCAAAACAAGAUAGUGUCGGGAAAACGAGAUUUCGAAUCAAUUUAAAUUUUAAACGGGGUGUGAAUUGUGAAGAGAAUGAGUACGACAUCAAAUACAAAAUUAAUAUUGACCGGCGCCGCAUUGCUCAUCGCGAUUGUUAGUUGUAGCUUGGCAGUUGCAAGAGCAAUUACAAAUGAUGAAAUAUCACCAGAAAUAGAUAAAGGAGAACCGACAUCGGCAAAAAUUGUAGCAAACAUACGAAAAGUGAUGCAAGAUGUAAAUCAUGUAAACACUGUGCUUAAUGCAUAUAUAAUACCAUCAGUAGAUGCACAUCAAAAUGAAAAUGUAGCCGAUCACGAUAAACGUGUUCAAUAUGUAUCAGGAUUUACGGGAAUUGCCACAAUUGUGAUAACUGAGAAUAAAGCCGUACUUUGGACGGACAGUCGAUAUAUCCAGCUGGCCAAGAAGCAACUUGAUAAAGAAACAUGGACAGUAAUGGAAGUGGGAAAUCAAGACAUACAAACAAUUGCCGAGUGGCUUUCAAAAGAAUUGCCACAAAGUUCACGCGUCGGAAUCGAUUCAUUUUUAAUUGAAGCAAAAGCAUUUCAUUCACUUCAUGAUUAUCUUUCAGCCAACGGUGAUCAUUCGCUGCUGGUGGAAAAAAAUCUCGUCGAUGUUGUAUGGGAUGGUCAACCCGAUUAUAAAAAACCAGCACUUGAACCAAUUGACCCAAAUUCUUCGGGCGAAAUAAUAAAAACAAAAUUGGAACGUGUUCGAACGAAAAUAGAAGCAAAAAAAGCGGAAAUGUUGAUUGUAACUAAUUUGGAGGACAUAGCUUGGUUUCUCAAUCUGAGAGGUGGCGAUAUCGACUAUUCAGCUGUAUUCUUUUCAUAUCUAAUUAUUUUUAACGACAUUAAAAUUAAACCGCAAUUGUUUUUAUUGGACAAAGAACGUGCCAAAGCUCAUAAAAUAGACAACCACUUUAACACCGAACAUGUAGACAUUGCAAUUGAAGAAUAUGCAUCUAAUGAAAUAAUAGUGGGAAUUAGCAAAGCUCUUCGUAACAUAAACGAGAGAGGUAAAGUAAUUUUGUCAUCGCCAAGUAAAGCGAUUCAUUCGACUAUUCAAGAAUCACGAAGAAUCGAAGCCGAAAGUCCAAUAAGGUCAAUGCGAAUAAUUAAAAAUGAAAAAGAAAUAAAAGGGAUGCGCGAGGCACACGAACGAGAUGGUGUGGCAAUUGUUAGGUAUUUACAUGAGUUGGACAAAGGAAUCGAUGAUCAAUUUAUUACGGAAACAGAGGGUACAAAACUACUCGACAAAUUUAAAAGUCAUGAAAUGUACCGCAAAUUGAGUUAUCCACCUAUAAGCGCUGUUGGCGCUCAUGCUGCAAUAGCAAAAGCCGCUAUAAGAGACCAGUACGAUAGUCAAAUUACACGGCAAGAAAUUUACUUAAUUGACUCGGGAACUCAUUAUAAAGAUGGAACGACUGAAAUGGCGCGCACAGUACAUUUUGGCAGACCAACACCUGAUGAGAAAAAUGCAUUUACACGCGUUUUGAAAGGUUUUAUAUCAGUGGCAACAGCUGUAUUUCCGCCAAAUGCACCGUUUUCAUUCUUUGAUGCGAUGGCAAGACGUUCAUUAUGGGAAAUUGGAAAGGACUAUGAUCAUGCGACAGGUCAUGGUGUCGGAACAUAUUUAAAUGUUUUUGAAAAUCCGCCGUUGUUAACCAGUAAAAAUGAGCCACCAGGUAUGUGCGAAAACAUGUUUACAACUAACGAGCCCGGUUAUUACGAGGCUGAAAAAUUCGGCAUUCGAAUCGGCAAUGUACUGCAAGUCGUUAAAGUACCAAAUUCAUCGGAGUAUUUCAACAAAAAUGGAGCGUAUAUGUUUGAAGAUUUUACAAUGGUUCCGAUUCAAACAAAAAUGAUAAAUGUAGAUUUGCUUAGCGAAUCAGAGGUCGAAUGGUUGAACAAAUAUCAUAAGCGAGUAUUCGAAAAUAUCCAAAAACAUUUGAGUGACGACUCGAAUAUUAUUGCAUGGUUAGAAAAGGAAACUAAACCGAUAUCAAAGAAAAAGGAGGAUUGCAAUGAAAUUACAACACCUGAAAGUCAAGUGACAACCAUAACUCCAACCGAACAAUGAUGAUGCCAUUACAUAUCAUAUCCAAUUCAUGAACGACACAUACAUCCAAAUCAUCUACAAUAAUUAACUAGGGGACGGACACCAUUAUAAAUAUUAGACUAGUUGUGAAAUUUUACCGCAUAUUUUGUACAAUAUUUUUUCAAUAUCUAUUUUGUACGAUUUUACUGCCCAAAUCGUACUUUCCGCUUUGUAAGUUCUACUGCCUAUUUUGUAUUUAACCGAACUGUAUGACGUUUCGUUUCUGUGUUCGUUGAAAAAAAUCUCAACCAAAGUUUGGACAUACACGUAAACGGUGCGACAAUGGUUUAAGUACCACCCUGCAUUCAACAAAAUUUUGAUUAUAAACACAUUGUUAAAGCUGUGACCCAUUAAUCGGCAAUAAAAAAAAACAUUUAAAUAAUGCAAAUA